AUGGCGAAGUCAAAAUGGAUUACUCCAUUCGUGAAACAGUGCUUUGUGACUACGGGUGUGACACUUAACCUAGCGGGACAUGGUCUUGCAAAUGGGUUUGCGGCGAUCUUACUGCCACAACUUCGUAAACAGGACUCUACCAUACCAAUUAAUGACUCUUCAGGAUCUUGGGUUGCGGCUGUCGCAGGCUUUGCUCUUGUUGGAGGAAAUUUCAUUAUUCCAUUUAUAAUGGGAAAAUACGGAAGAAGAAUAGCUAACAUGGCUAGCCUUGUGCCCAUGAUCUUAGGCUGGAUAUGUAUUGUAUUGGCGUCUAACGUAACAAUGCUUAUCGUCGCAAGAUUACUCCAAGGUCUAUCAAUGGGUAUGGGAACAACUCUAGGACCGGUGCUGAUUGGUGAAUAUACAAGUCCGAAGAAUCGUGGCGCUUUUCUGACAGCAAUAUCAGUAAUGAUCUCCAUCGGAGUUUUAACUGCACAUACAUUAGGGUCGUAUUUGCACUGGCGGACGACGGCAGUAAUUUGUGCUUUUAUAACUCUAGCGGAUUUCAUCAUUGUGUUGCUGUCACCAGAAUCACCGAGUUGGUUAGCUGAUCAGGGGAAAUUUGAAGAGUGUAAGAAAGUAUUUAGAUGGUUACGUAAUGAUAACGAAGAACAUGAGCUGCAAAGAAUGAUAGAUGAUGUUGCAGCUGUAAAAGGAUCAAAAAGCGAACAGAAGCCGUCGGUAUAUUUCAAGAAAGUUCUGCGAAAGAGAAUUGAGUACGUUAAAACAGUGUUAAAAAGUAGGGAAUUUUACAAGCCGAUUCUGAUAAUGAUACAUAUUUACACACUAUCGCAGUGGGCUGGUGUAAACAUCCUAAUAACAUAUACAUUGGAUCUUUUAGAAAGAAUUACUGGCGAUGGGAUAGAUCUGGCAUUGUUAGUGAUUACUUUAGAUUCCCAAAGGAUCGUUUCGAAUAUUGUAGGCGUGUAUUUUAUUAAAAAGAGAAAACGGCGGACCAUGUUAUUAGUGACUGGAUUUUUAGCCAUAUUUGCGAUGUUAGUUACAGCGGUGUAUACCUACUUAAAAGAGAACAAUACGCUGAGUUAUGACCAUCCCCUUAUCGGAAUCGUUCUACUUCAUAUACAUAUGCUGUCAGUCGGAAUUGGUAGUCUGCCUUUAUCUUACAUAAUAGCCGGAGAACUAUUUCCUCUAGAAUUCAGAAGCUUAGCUGGAGGAAUAAGUGUGUUAUUCAAUUCCUUGAGUUUCUUCAUAGUCGUCAAAACCGUUCCGUUUCUAUUUAAAACUGUCGGUAUUCACGGGGCCUACUGUAUUUACACCGGUGUUGUUGUUUAUUGUUUGAUUAUAGCUUGGUGGUUAUUACCAGAGACUAAGGAUAAAACGCUGCAAGAGAUUGAAGACCAGUUCAGGGGGAGAACUAAUUUAGAAAAAUCUGUACAAUUGAAUAAUAUAACAGACCCUAGUUGUAUUGAAUGA